GUAAAUAGAUUACAUCAACCGCUCUAAGUUCUCCUGUUUGACAAACCCAUGGUGUAUAAAUGUAGGCUUAAUUCUGGAAGGUCACAUAGCCUCUCCGGACAUUAAACUACUUUUAUAUACUGAAACGGAUUUGUUAUACAGAACAUCAUCUUAUAUUGUCCAGGCAUAGAGACUAGCUUUGAAAGAGAAGAAAAACAUGGACUCCGUUAAGAUGAUUCUAAUGCUGAUUAUUUUUGCAAUGACUGUACGGGGAGAGAUAAUCAACUGUGCUGCUGUAAAGUGUAUUGGGGUCAUCGAUUGUGCGAACCCCGUACAACCAAAUGGACAGACACAAUGCUGUGCUUUUUGUCCAAAUCAAAAAGGAAAAUCAUGUACCUAUACUGUCGGAACUAAAGACAUCACAAUAAAGGACGGUAAGAGCAAAAAGGUUGACUGUGACAACACGUGUUCUUGUACAAAUGGAAUACUGGCGUGCACACAGAAGGCUUGUGUGAACCCCUAGUGAAGAUUGUCAGCACAGAUGGAAGUGAUGUAUUUAAGUCUAGACUAGAACUCAAACACCCGUCAUGAUUAUCCAACUAUAGAUCAAACAUUUUUUUUUUUUUUUUUUUGGUUCAGUUACUUAUAAGACAAAGUGCAACAAAAUUUCAUGGAGACAGUAAAAAUACCGUAAAAUUAUAUUACAACAGAUUGUGUUGUUCUUUUGGACAAAUAUGAACUGUUUAAUCCCGUUUUCUUUCUUGAAGGACUAUAAAUAAAAUUGUAACAAGACCUGAACUAUUUUCCUAUUAAACAAAGAAGACUGAAAAAUGUGUUAUUAUGCAAAAAUUUACAAUUUUUAUGUCAAGCGUAAAACUCAAAACGCUGCGCUGGAAUAAGAAACAUUCACAAAAAGCAAGCAACUAUCUGGUGGAUGUCGUUAAAGCAUGUACAUAAUAUUCCUUUUUAUUUGUAGCGCUCCUGAUCAAGAUAAUAUAUAAGCCGCGCCAUGAGAAAACCAACGUAGUGCAUUUGCGACCAGCAUGGAUCCAGACCAGCCUGCGCAUCCAUACUGUUUGCUUUAAAGGCCUAUUGCAAUUAGAGAAGCCGUUAGCCAACAGCAUCUGGAUCUUUGCUGGUCACAAACGCACUAUGUUGGUUUUCUCAUGGUACGGCUCAUAUAUCAAACACUGAUUUCCUCUUGAAUAAAAUCAUUGGUUGUCCUUUAGAUGCGUAUUAUCAUGUACAUCACUCAGACUGCGCCGUCAUAAUAUAAUUCUUUCGCAUCUGAACUCGAAAUAAUGAUUUUAUCCAAAAAUAAAUCAGUGUUUUGGAUAUAUUAUUUCUUAAAUAAAAAUAUGUCUGCACAGA